AAAAUACAAAAACAAGAGAGAAGCUCUCCUAUUUUCAUCUCCCAACAAUAUCUAUCAACUGAUUCUUAACUACAAACCACCCAUUUCCCAACACACACCCAGAAGAACCUUUACAAAUGCCGACUCUGAAUCUGUUUACAAAUGUACCAGUAGAUGCAGUGGUAGCUUCUGAUAUUCUCAAAGAUGCUACUAAAGCUGUUGCCAAAAUUAUUGGCAAACCCGAGUCAUAUGUGAUGAUCUUGUUGAAUGGAGGAGCUCCUAUUGCAUUCGCUGGUACUGAAGCUCCUGCUGCUUACGGAGAAUUAAUCUCCAUUGGGGGUCUUGGACCUGGUGUGAAUGGAAAACUCAGUUCAACCAUUGCCGAGAUUCUUCAGACAAAGCUGUCAAUAGACAGCAACAGAUUCUAUAUAAAGUUUUAUGAUUCUCCGCGCCAAUUUUUCGGGUUCAAUGGCUCAACUUUUUGAUGAGCCUGCUUAAGAAUAGCUGCUCUGGAGAAGGCACUUAUUGGUAGAAGAGCACAUUUAAGGUGGCUUAAGACUCCAUCUGCACUCAGCUGUGACCGUAUCAUUGAAGAAGAAAACUUUCUGACAUGUUAAUGGUUAUACUUUUGUACUUGACUGUACAACUGGUCUCUAUGAUUUUGUACUUGAUUGUGGGAUUCGUAGCGGUAAGAAAAAUAAAGUUGUAAUGCAUAUCUCAGCAUUAACAAUUGCCCAGCAUUGGGCUAAUUUUCCAAAUUUAGUUUCUGUUGUCGUCUUCAAUUAAUUGAAAUAUUUCGUAGUA